ACAGAACUUCUGGAUAACGCCCAUCCUACCAUUCAUCCAUUAUCCCAUUAUCCAUUACCCAUAUCAAACUGCAUUAGAUUCCUCAAUUCCUUUCCCAGAACAUUGGAAAGAUGUUCAAUGAUAUGAUCCAUUACUUUUGUGGUUUAUAUAGCUAAUAAUGCUUCUCUUAGUGGAGAACUUGAACUACUAAUAAGUGUAGUUCACGUAAAAAUCUUGAUGCUCACAAAGUUCGUAUCAAAAGUGGAACGAGAUAAAAAAAAAUACUUUUGGAAAGUCUCGCCAUAUCAUAACUUAGCAAGUUAGCCUCCAGUUUUCACUCACUACUGGGUACCCUCGUACCAGAUGCAUAUCAUUUUGAAAAAAUGGCCUGGUAUAGAUAUUUUGGGUGCGGAAUUAAUGGCCGCGAUACAUCCUCGGCCUAGAACCAGGGUAGAUUCCAUGAUUGCGAGUUUGUCAUCUGGACCUUUAAAGAUACUCCAUGACCACAAUCUCUUAAACAUAUUCAUAUUCAAUCUGUCUCCUUCAUAAAUGAGACUCUCGGAAGGAAAAGUGCUUUGUGGCUUUAAAUGUUUUCAUUUACUAUCGUUAAUUUAAUAUCUUUUCAUAAAUCGAGCCCGUCCAAAGAAAUACCAAGCCGCAUUGAUCACCUUCUUCUGAGUUCAUUAGGUGACAGGCACAAGUGAGAAAGUUGUGCUCAUUCGUCUUUGGAACCUUAUCACAUCAUGGUGAACAAUACGGGCCUCGAGAAGGAUGAAAUCCGCGACUUCAAUUUCUCCAAUCCUGCUUCUUCAACUCUGGCAUCUUCAUUAUCAGAUCAUGAAAACUACCAUCCUCCUCUCUCGCAUGCACCUUCCAUCACAUCAUUAUCCUCCGACUCGAUCAAUAGUGACCCGCUAGCUCCCCUUGAACAGGCACUCACUCCAAAUCUCGAGACACCUGCGGAACAACUUGCACAUGCCCAACUCACUUAUACAAAUACGGGUACAUCAUACGCGACUACUCGUUCACGGGAGCCAUCAUUCGAGGUUGAUUUUGAAGAGAACGAUCCUGAUGAUCCAAGGAGUUGGCCGCUAUGGUAUCGUGCUUAUACAAUAUUUGCUGUGAGUUUCGCCACGUGGGCGACGGUUUUAUACAGUUCAUCAUACACUUCAAGUAUGCCGGGAAUGAUGAAAGAAUUUUCCAUCACGAGUGAGCCAAUCGCCACAUUGGGUGUCACAACAUUCUUACUUGGACUGGCUGCUGGAAGUUUGGUUCUUGCACCAAUGAGUGAGAUUUGGGGCAGGAGGCCAGUUUAUAUUGGGUCUUUGGCUUUCUUUGCAUUGAUGGUUAUACCUUGUGCUUUGUCCACUUCGUUAGGAGAGGUCUUGGGCGUAAGGUUUGUUGGGUAAGAAAAGAUUUAUUACUGUUUAUGCUUGGUGCUAAUAUGGAUACAGUGCCCUUGCAGGUGCUGCCAUGAUAGCAAACUCUCCUGGGACAGUUGCGGAUAUCACAACUGAUGAUUACCGCGCAUUGGCCUUCAGUUUCUGGAGUAUCGGACCAAUGAAUGGUCCAGUAACGGGGCCCCUUGUUGGUGGUUUCGCCGCCGAAUACUUAGGAUGGCGAUGGACAAAUUGGAUUGUGAUGAUACUUGCUGGGUGCGCUUUGGUAGCUUGUGGAUUCGUCAAAGAAACCUACGCACCAGCAAUCUUGAUUAAGAAGGCAGCAAAAAUGCGCAAAGAGACAGGCGAUGAUCGAUAUUGGUGCCGAUACGAUCAAAAGAAGAGCUGUGAGUAGAUGUUAAUAUUUAUCUAUUGAAAGUGGCUAACCUUUGGUUUCAGUUUACGAAAUCUUGAAGAUCAGCCUUUCUCGGCCAUUCAUACUCAGCUUUACGGAACCAAUCCUUUGGUUCUGGAAUACGUACAUAGCGGUAAGUUUCUCUGUUACUUGAAGUUGUCAAAAAUAGUACUACAAUGUACAAGAAUGGCGCCGCCAAGAUCUCAUAUCACAGGAACAAUUGGAACUAACAACUAUAUUUAGAUCAUUUAUGGUAUUCUUUACCUGUGUUUCGUUGCAUAUCCAAUAAUUUACACGGACAUGCGUGGAUGGAGUUUAGGGCAGACAGGGCUCGCUUUCCUAGGAAUCGGAUUGGGAAACAUGCUUGGAAUUCUUUCUGAACCACUUAUUCGCAAAAUGAUCAAUUCACAUAAGAAGGAUCCCGCAACUGGCAAAGUUCCCCCAGAAGCUUCGGUCAGCAUUGUUUGCAUAGCGGCCGUUAUGUGUCCUAUUGGACAACUUUGGUUUAGCUGGACUUGUGUUCCUAUCACAAUCCAUUGGAUCUGGCCAAUCCUUGCUGGAAUUCCUUUCGGAGCUGGAAAUACCUUGGUUUUUAUCUACGGUACGAAUUAUCUCGCUGGUUCAUAUGGUAUAUAUGCGGCUUCGGCACUAGCAGGAAAUAGUGUGAUCAGAUCAAUCGUCGGAGGAACAUUACCAUUGGCAGGACCAGCCAUGUACGGCACGCUGAAACCACAAUGGGCUGGAACUUUACUGGGAUUAGUACAAGUCUUCCUAAUCCCCAUUCCUUUUAUUUUUUAUAAAUGGGGAUCGAAGAUUCGUGCAAAGAGUCCAUUGAUUAAGCAAAUGAGGGAAGAACAAGAGAAAAUUGAUAAGAGAGCUGCUAAGGCAAAGAGAAGAGAGGAAAAGAAAGCGGGGUUGGAAUCAGCUAAUGGAGGGGCGGUGAUCAUUAGUGAUAGGGACAUGGAAAAGGGUAAUGACAUUACGACUGGGACAAAAGAAAAGGCAUAAUAAUAGAAAGGGCUUGGAUGAUAUCAUGAAAAUAUUUAUUGGGAUGAGGUUACGGCUAUGGAAUGGGCAUGCAUGAAUAGAGUGUGGAUAAUACCCAACAAUAGAAAAGUUAUAGAAUAAUGUUUGGACA